ACAGAGAAGAUGGAGCAGCCGGCGGUCAUGGAUAAGAGACGUAGGGGACCAUUCGACCCAUUUUUCAGAAGGGGAAACAGAGGCCCAGGGAGCACCAUGGAUGCCCACCCGAAGGAGAUGGUGCCUCUCAUGGGCAGAAUCGCCACUGUCCCCAGUGGGAACGUUACCAUCCUGCAGGAGAAGAGGCCGGCAGAGAUCACCCCCACCAAGAAGAGUGCACACUUGUUCCUGGAGAUAGAAGGGUUCGAGCCCAACCCCACUGUCACCAAGACCUCUCCCCUCAUCUUCUCCAAGCCCAUGGACUCCAACAUCCGGCAGUGCCUCCCGGGCAGCUGUGAUGACAUGGAUUCCCCACAAUCUCCUCAGGAUGACGAGACAGAGACCCCAUUUAAUCCCAGCAGUCCCAGUGCAAACCUGGCCAAGCAAGAGCAGAGGCACAAAAAGAGGUGGCUGAGGAAACACAUCUUUGUGGCUGUGUCGGAGGGCGGCGUGGGACAGCUGCUGGAGCUGCUGAUGGAGCUGCAGGAGCUUUGUGAGCAGCGCCGCAACCUGGAUGUGUCCGACUUCCUCAUGCACAAGCUGACGGCCUUGGACACGGGGAAGACCUGCCUGAUGAAGGCCUUGUUAAACAUCAACCCCAGCACCAAGGAGAUCGUGCAGAUCCUGCUCGCCUUCGCGGAGGAAAACAACAUCCUAGACAGGUUCAUCAACGCCAAGUACACGGAGGAGGCCUACGAAGGGCAGACGGCGCUGAACAUCGCCAUCGAGCGGCGGCAGGGAGACAUCACCGCGUUGCUCAUCGCGGCCGGCGCCGACGUCAACGCCCACGCCAAGGGCGUCUUCUUCAACCCCAAGUACCAGCACGAAGGCUUCUACUUCGGCGAGACACCCCUGGCCCUGGCAGCCUGCACCAACCAGCCCGAGAUUGUGCAGCUGCUGAUGGACAACGAGCAGACGGACAUCACCUCGCAGGACUCACGGGGAAACAACAUCCUCCACGCUCUGGUGACGGUGGCCGAGGACUUCAAGACGCAGAAUGACUUCGUCAAGCACAUGUACGACAUGAUCCUGCUGAAGAGCGGCAACUGGGAGCUGGAGACCACGCGCAACAACGAUGGCCUCACGCCGCUGCAGCUGGCCGCCAAGAUGGGCAAGGCCGAGAUCCUGAAGUACAUCCUCAGCCGUGAGAUCAAGGAGAAGCGGCUCCGGACCCUGUCCAGGAAGUUCACCGACUGGGCCUACGGGCCAGUGUCGUCCUCGCUCUACGACCUCACCAACGUGGACACCAUGACCGACAACUCGGUGCUGAAAAUCAUCGUCUACAACACCAACAUCGAUAACCGGCACGAGAUGCUGACCCUGGAGCCCCUGCACACGCUGCUGCAUAUGAAGUGGAAGAAGUUUGCCAAGUACAUGUUCUUCCUGUCCUUCUGCUCCUAUUUCUUCUACAACAUCACCCUGACCUUCGUCUCUUACUACCACCCCCGGGAGAAGGAGGCCCUGCCACACCCCUUGGCCCUCACAUACAAGAUGGGGUGGCUGCAGCUCUUAGGAAGGAUGUUUGUGCUCAUCUGGGCCAUGUGCAUUUCUGUGAAAGAGGGCAUCGCGAUCUUCCUGCUGAGACCCUCAGAUCUGCAGUCCAUCCUCUCGGAUGCCUGGUUUCACUUUGUCUUUUUUGUCCAAGCUGUGCUUGUGAUACUGUCUGUCUUCUUGUACUUGCUUACCUGCAAAGAGUACCUCGCCUGCCUCGUGCUGGCCAUGGCCCUGGGCUGGGCGAACAUGCUCUACUACACGCGGGGGUUCCAGUCCAUGGGCAUGUACAGCGUCAUGAUCCAGAAGGUCAUUUUGCAUGAUGUUCUGAAGUUCUUGUUUGUAUAUAUCGUGUUCUUACUUGGAUUUGGAGUAGCCCUGGCCUCACUGAUCGAGAAGUGUUCCAAGGACAUUGAGGACAGCAACUCCUUUGGCAGCUUCAGCGACACGGUGCUGGAACUCUUCAAGCUCACCAUAGGCCUGGGUGACCUGAACAUCCAGAAGAACUCCAAGUACCCCAUCCUCUUCCUGUUCCUGCUCAUCACCUAUGUCACCCUCACCUUCGUCCUCCUCCUCAAUAUGCUCAUUGCCCUGAUGGGGGAGACUGUGGAGAACGUCUCCAAGGAGAGUGAGCGCAUCUGGCGCCUACAGAGAGCCAGGACGAUCUUGGAGUUCGAGAAAAUGUUACCAGAAUGGCUGAGGAACAGAUUCCGGAUGGGAGAGCUGUGUAAAGUGGCAGAGCAAGAUUUCCGACUGUGUUUGCGGAUCAACGAGGUGAAGUGGACUGAAUGGAAAACUCACGUCUCCUUCCUCAACGAAGAUCCGGGGCCCGGGAGACGGACAGGUACCGCUGCUGUCAGGAAGCGUGACACCCACUCCUUUCUGACCACGUGACCCCAGGGACACCAAGUCGGAGGGCCGUGAUUUUCCC